AUUUGUAUAAAAAUGAAAAUUCACUAUUUUCUAUUGCAGCCGUUAAAACGAUUUAUGAAUUGGAAACGCGGCUAAAUACUUAUAAAUAGGCGCGAUUUGGCACGCCUGAUUGCCCAAUUACGACAAGGCCCGAGUUCUGUCCGAGUGACGUCAUUAUGAAAUGAACAACAUCGAUUCGCAGUUGUAUAUCUUUCUUCAGCCUCAGACAUUCCGAUAGUCGAUUUACAAAUAUGCGCUCGUCUGUGGCCCGUUUAUAAGCGCUUUUCUCUAGCCCAGCGAUAUGGUCAUUUCGGGCAAUGAUAGCAUCGAAUUUGUAGUGAACGAAAGUGCGUUUUUGUGCUUGAAACAACGGCUGAAGAGAGUCGAAAGUUUAUAUAAUGUGACGGUACGAAGUGACAGUCUUGAAGGGGAAUUAAGAUGGGUCAAAGUGAUUGGAGACGAGAAACUACGCAUGAAAGCAAAGGUUAGCGCUUAAAUGAUAUAUUUUGUCUCCAUUUAGAAGUUCGAUACAGUAAUAUACUCUCUGUGUAUGUAUUUAACCAAUAGACAAUGUAUUGUUUACCCGAAUUAUUCAUGUAUGCCAAAAGUUGUUAUUUGAAAGCAUGUUUCAAAAUAUUUUAUAUCACCUACACUUAAGCAUAUUUUCGCUUGCUAAAACACAUUCCACGAACUGUAGCUUUAUUCAUGUGUGUUUUCAUUGAUUCUAGGAGUAUAUUACUUCCAUGGGAAAGCCCGAAUGCGAGAAAAUAAUCGACAUUGGACAAUUGAACGAAGCAAGCUUAGACGAAUUUCUCUUCGUAUUGGAACGGCAAUGUUCGGCGAAUAUAGUGCUGAUUGAUAAAUCUUCGAUACGUGUUUCUGGUAGCGCUGUUUCUGUGGCAAAAGUUGAAUCGUAUCUGAAUAAUUUGCUUUCAAAUAGUCAAAACAUUGAGCUCGAGUUACCACUAAAACGCGCUCGCCUCGAAAGCAGCUCAUCAGUUGACAGUAAAGACACAACGAUUCUGAGUGACGACUUCUCGGCAUUUGAUUAUCAAGUCGAAGACUUGCUUGUCAGCCUGCGCGACGAAGAAAAAUAUGGUCUGAUCGUUUCAGAUUCGGGCUUAAAAGAGAACAUCGACCCAAUGCUUCACGAAACGUCCGAAGAUUUUGCUGCAAAGUUAGGUUACAGCAAAGAUUUGUAUGCUCAAGCUGUGAAAAAAGUUGGUCGAGAAGCUGACCGCAAUGAACUUCUCAACGAAUUGGUAAAGCUGAAAAAUUCCCGAAAAGAAUUACACGAAGAACCCCAAAAGGAACGGGCCGAUCGCCGAAGGAGUUCUUGUUCAUCUAUGACCACUUCAAAACAACUUCGGCCGAUUAUUAUCGACGGUUCAAAUGUCGCAAUGAGGUAAGCAGUGUUCUAAUUCAUAAUUGCAACAUUUUCGAAUGGCUUAGUUCAUUGCAACAUUUCGGAAUAUUUGUAACAUUUUGGAAUGUUCACAACGGUGAAAUGAUAUUAUUUAACGGCAAUAUAUUGUAUUGUACUGAGAUUAAUAGGCUUCAAAAGCGAAUUGUUUUCGGAUUGCGUUGCGUGGGAUUGGGUAAUUAAAUAUAUUAUUUUACAAUUCAGUGAGGAAAAAAAUGGCAGAUUCAGCCAUCAGGGCAAUUACAUGUAAAAUGCUCUAACUUUUCAUUCAAAGUAUAUCGAUUUCUAUGAUUCUUUUUGUUUGAAAUUUUAAUGACAAAUACCAAGAUAUACAACCUCUAUAAAAGUUACUCAAUCGUGUCGAACAAAUUCGUAGGCAAGCAGUAAACCCGAUUUAAAAUUACAAUGCAAACUAUUAACUCUAAUUUUGCGGCCAAUAUGUAUUUCGAGAACAUUUCAAACGGGUAAAAUAUACUACGGUAUAACCCGCAAACACAGCUGUUUAAACAGGGCUUUUUCGGCCUUAUAAAAGUCGACUUUUUCCGGAAUUCCUGAUAUUAAAAAAGUACUUCUUAUGGUUUCUCUUGAGAUGAUAAAUAAGUUCUAUUUUUCAACUAAUUUGACAUUUUUAUAAAGGGUCAAUCUGUGCUAUUGGAAAAGGGAAACAAAUCGAAUACGACGGCGGUAUUUUUCGUGAGCUAAUAUUUAAUAUGCCCAACAAAUAUAGGCACAUGUUUUCAAAAUGCCUAUUAAUAAUUUUUUGCGCAAUAGCAAUGCCUUAGAAAUCUUCAGUCAAGUACAUGGUAACUUGUAAGCAAAGUGGCUUUAUUGUAAAAACGUAACCUAUUUUAAAUAUUGAAAGUAGAGGCUUGAAAAAGGGACAGACGACUUUUUUGUGCCAACUAGCUUUCGAAAAGCUAUGAAUUUUAAACCAAUUACAAAAGGUUCUGUAUUCGCGAGAGAAAAAACGAACCAAUACAUUCGAAAUGUCAUACACUGCGUUUGAUAGUAUAUUCUUUGUGAAACGCUGCAGAAAGAUCUUUGAUUUUUAUAGUACUGUUUAAGAUUUGUGUAAAAAACCACAUGCUUGGGUAAUGAGUCAUGAAGGCUCCCCCACUGUGCAUCGGAAUUUUACAUACGUAUUUGGCUGAUGGCCAGUGUAUUUGGCCUGGCAUUGAAACCUAUAUUCUGUAUGUGUUGACAAGUCCACAAUACCAUAUCAUGAAACGAAAUACUUUGACUUGAUAUUAAACAUGUUACUUGUUAACAUUUCAUGCUAGCAUGCUUUCGUUUUAAAUUAGAUCGCACCUUUUUGCGGUCAAAGUCACGCGAACAUUUGGGGAUUCAUUUGCAUCAGUUUGCAAAAUGGAUUUGCGCAAUCUAUACGACCAAUUUUCGGAUUUACGCACUAAAAAGCGCUUGGGUUUGCAUAUUUUGCGCGUUCUAUAUAAACUUCAUUUCUUAAUUAUCAAUUGUCACUAAAUUUUAAUUGCCUAUAUCAAAAACUAGAUAUAUAAACAUUAAACAUAUUUGUAGCCAAUAUAUCAAAUUGCAUUAUGUUUUCUUUAGCUCUGAGAGGGUAGCACAAGCUUAUCCUGAUUUGAAAACUAAUUUCAUUUCCUUCUUGGUGCGAAAUAUGCAAAGAAUUUAAUUUAGUAAUUGGUUUUGGCAAUGACCUCUAUUUUGAACUUAUAUUUCACUGCCAAUUCAAUGUUCGAUGUUUUAAUAUACAUUGAAAGGUUUUUCAUAUUUUACAAAUGGCUAUAAAUCAUAACUCUUUUUAAGCUGUUUGUUUUUUAUAGCCUAAAGCUGUUUAUUUCCCUGGAAAAUAUAAACAUAUUCAAUUUCUUAUAAUCCUUAUUGGCACUUUAAUUCCAUUUGUCUGGUGACUGUUCUGGUUAUUAGCAUUUACAUAUUAUGCGUGUUGGGUUGAAAGGUCAAAAAGUUGCCUGUUGCUUGAAAGAUGAAUAUAAUAUACAUCACGAAACUGCUUUUAUUGAUAGAUUAGUGUUAAAAAACAUGUUUAUUAUCCACAAAACAGACCAGGAUUCAUUCGUUUCUGUAAAUUGCUAAGUGGUGUUUGAAUACCAAAACCAUAUUGUUGCAAAAGAUUUCAGUUGGUUAAUCGGAUCAUUACACCUGUCAAGGUGUUAUCCCUCUCAACAAAUGAAUGCCUAAUAUUCUUGUUUUUAGACAUCACUGUGAAUCUAGAAAGCUCUACUCAGUCACAAUGUCUGGGUUGAGAUGUAUCACUCCAUCCGUAGGCUCUCAAAAACGGCCAAAAAUUAUGGGUUUCAACAAGCAGGAGGGAAUCAGUUUUAGACCAUUUCUUGCUGUGAUAGUGCACCUUUUCUUAUAAAAACUGAAAUCAAGCAGAAACCAGCAAAAACAAGUGAAUAAGCUUCACAAAACCAUGCAGUUAAAAACAUGUACAUAUGCUACUCUCACAAGACUCAUUUUCAGAAACAACUGUAUUAAUUCAAUCUAAUUUUUUUUUUAAUGAAGUACAAUGAAAUGUGCAGAGAAAUGCAUGUAAUUACAAGCUUUAUUUCUGUGUAUAAAUUUAAACAAUUAUUUUUGCAACAAAUCUGCCUAUAAACAUGUAUUAUAAACAUGUGAUUUGGUUUCAUUGAAAUCUGGUAUUUCUUAAAGUUUUUAGAUUUUUUUGUUUUUCCUGCAAAAACAACAUUGGUUAAAUUGGUUCUCAAAAGAUAUUAGUUUUUUUUAGCUUAUCAAUUAACACCUCAUCCUGAAGGUAUCAGACAAUCAGGCAGCAAUUUUUUCAGGCCAUUGAAGAAUUUGCCAUGUUAUUGUAAACCUUAACUAACUAGUAACUUAUUCGACUAGAGAGUCUUGGUUAUGAAUGCAAAACUAUAUGCCAAUUAAAGCGUCUUGUUAACCCAUUGGGCAGCAAAUUGUACCCAAUGUGCUCAAAUCUAUCAUUUUAUUCUAUCCAGCACAAGGCAAUUUUGUGGGUAGUUAUUACCCAUCCAGUGACGGCACUUCCCUUGAUGAGUGAAAUUGUCUGGCGUUAGACAGAGUAAAAUAAUAAUGUAGGCCACAUUGCCACUUAGAGGGUUAAAUAAGCAAUUCUUUUUCUAUCUAUUUAGCCAUGGCAAACAGAAGAUAUUUUCGUGCAGAGGCAUUCAGAUUGCAGUGGACUGGUUCAUUCCACGUGGCCACAAAUUAAUUUAUGUUGUCAUUCCAUUAUGGAGGAAAGAAUCUCCUUCGGAAAGUAACAUGAUUUCCAACCAGGAAGUGCUAAAAAUCCUAGAUGAGGAGAGAGGAGCUGUUAAUAUGAUUUAUACACCUUCCAAGACUUUGAAACAGAGAAGGAUUGCUUGUUAUGAUGAUAGAUACAUCCUGAACAUAGCUUGCGAUAAAGACGGGGUGGUCGUUUCGAAUGAUAACUUUAGAGACCUGUAUUUGGAGAACAAGCCCGAAUGGAGAAAGAUUAUCGAGGAGCGUGUACUGAUGUUUUCAUUUGUGGAUGACAUGUUUAUGCCCCCUGACGACCCCCAUGGUAGAAAUGGCCCCCAUAUAGACGAACUGCUGUCUUUUGGGUCUUCAUCGAGAACUAGAGUUUGUCAUUAUGGCCGACAUUGCACGUAUGGACGAAAUUGCAAGUACGCUCACCCAGAGCGAGAGGGCGAACACAUACUUCGUGAUACACCAUCCAAUGCACCACGGCCAUAUUCAGAACCAGUGCCUCUCACCGAUGCCAUGUGUGACGAUUUCAAACGACUCAGCUUGCCCGAUCUAAACAGAAACCAACCCCCGCCUAUUGUAGCUCGUUCUAGGCAUGUCAGUCCACAACAUCCCCCAGCCCUCCCUUCCAGACGUCCAACUCCGCAACACCAUGCUCCACCUCUGCCACCCAGGAGUAAUGGUAUCCAUUGUGGAAUGCGAACGACCAAUGAAAGUCCUUACGCACCCCUGCCCGUACAUGUGGAGCAAGCACAAAUGAUGUAUCUUGCAAGACAACAACAACCCCGCCUCCCUCCCAGGCGAAAUCGAAAUUACGACACGCUGCCAUUUACCCACCCAGUGAUCCCCAUUCCACCUCAUGCCCAGAACCAUCAGUAUUACAACCUCCCCCCGCCACCAGGGGCGUACAUCCCGAGCCGUCGUGGUAGGGGUGGGCCAUAUGAUAACCUACCACCAAACGGCCAAAUGCCAGUGUACCCUCCAAGAAAUCAUGCUAUCUACCAAACGCAGCAAAACUACUACAGAUCCCGAGCCCCGCCGGCUGACGACAGCAGUGACGAAGACAUGCCCAUGGUACUUGAGGACACACAAAUGGUUGAGUCCGAGCAUCUCCGAGGGAUUUCCAAAAGGAUCCACUGUCGGGAGAAUGGUACGGAGUCACGGAUGCAAGCUAUGGUCAAUGUUGCAUAGGUGAAGAUUAAUUUUAGUAUUUCUUUAAAAUAUUUAAGGCUGGGUCUUACAUGUAUACUACAUCAGAGGUAUUUAUAUUCUAGCACAAUUUUAAGUUAUAAUAAUUGCGGUCCUCUGUGGCAUAUCGUAGAUCCUCUAUUAACACCCCCCCCCCCCUCAAAUAAGCCUCCCAUUUUGAGAGAAGAUUGAUGAACCCCCUCUCUAUUAAGCACCCCUCCCUCAAUCAGGGCAGCCAACAGGGUGGUCAUGGGGCCCUUUCCCCCGGGCCCCCAGGUUGAAAGGGGCACCAAAAGCAAUGAGGCACCCACCCCCGUCAAGUGUGUAAGUGGGGCUUACAGGGGAUCUACGGUAUUCCAGAAUCAGUAAGCAGAACACCAGCCCUGGAUUUUAUUGGUGGGUUUUAUUAAUAAGCAUUUGGGGGCAACCAUCAUAAAUCAAGUCGACAACCAUCAUAAAUCACUUUUCAAUCAAAGACAAACCCACUAAGCCAUUUAUGCGGUUAUGCGGUUAUGAGAGCAUAUCAAGUUACUUAUCCAAUAAAAUUUUGCUUUGUCAGCCGAUUCUGUAAAAAAUAUUGUACAAAUAUUAAAAUGUUUUGAAGAAUGCAAGUUAAGAAAUAUAAGAGAAUAUGGAAAUUUGUGGCAUGAAAAACCAGUGUUUGUAACAAAUUUAAGAAUUCCAAAUAUUUUGUGAUGUGUGAAAAUCAUGUCGCCUAUAAGAAGUUUCGAACGUUAGGGUUCUUUAAUAUUGCAUCGUUCAAAAUUGUAAAUUUAUAGACGUUUAAAAUUUUGGCUUUAAUAUUGCAUCGUUCAAAAUUGUAAAUUUAUAGACGUUUAAAAUUUUGACUUUAAUGAAUUAAUUAAUGUGGGACUGUUCAUUAAUUAAUUAAGUUAAUUAAUCAUGUUGCUGGCACGAAAGUGAAAUUUGUUGAGUCAUCAUUUCUUUGACUUCUUUGGCUUGAUCAGUUUAGCGGAAAUAUUUUUCGAUUCUAGUACGGUUGAAUAUUAAAAAAACUAAAUUCAAGAAUCAUGUCAAUCAACACAGGUAGUCUAAUGAGUAAUGACAACAUUUACUUUUAUUAAUAUUUAAACAAUUCUUUUAUUUCCCCUUUGAAAAAGCUUACUCCUUGAGAUUGGAAAUUUAUUUUCUACAGAGAAUAUCUCAAUUUUUGUGUAUCACAUUUCCAGAAUUGACCCAUUGAGCUGCCAUGCGCCCCAGUGCACCCUGCCUAUUUUUUUUACUUGUCUAACAACAUAUGAUAUUACUCGUCAAUGGGGGAGCUGACUGCAGCUUAAUGGGUUAACCAAAAUAUCCGACAAUGUCUCGAGUUAACCCAUUGAGCCGCAAUGCGCCCUGCCUAUUUUUUUACUUGUCUAAUACCAGACUAUUUUACUGGUCAUUGGGGAAGCUCUACAGCUUAAUGGGUUGAACAAUAUUUUAGCAAAACCAAUUCUAUAAUAAGAUGUUUAUAUAGAACUUUCAACAAUGUAUAUAUUGCUGUUGAUAUUUGAGUAUGUGGUUUUUUCAAGCAUAGGUUUUUAUGCCACCAGCAUGUUUUACAAUCUCAAAUACACCGAACACUAAAUUCAAAACAUGAAAUUUUCUUUGAAUGCCUAGAUGGGGUUAAUGAUUUAGCGCUCUUUAUAAGAGUUCAAAAACUUUAAAUAAUUCUAAUUCAUUGUUACACAAGAAUUUGCACUGUCUAAUGUAUUGUAUAAUCGAACUUUUAAAACUUUAUAAAAAGUAUUUUUAUAUAUUUGAUCUUUUAUAAAGAUCCUUUUCGUAGCUUCGCUAGAAAUAAACUAUAUAUUGUUACAUGCGAGAACUGUCUUGUACAUUUCAACAAGAAGGAGUUCCAUUUUUGUAAGUGGGGGUACCAGAGAAAAAAUCUAACUAUAUAAAAAAAUAUGCCUAUAUAUUGUAUAAGAUAGCGUUCUCAAAGUGGCACAAAAUAUGGAAUAAUAAAAACAGUAAAUAUAUAGCAUCACAAUAAUAUACUGGCAUCUGCAAAAAUGAACCAUUAAAUUUUGAUUAAUGAUAAAAAAUCUGCUCUGUCAAUUAGCAGCUGAUUAAUAAAUUAUUGAAGUUAGCAGCUGAUUAAAUUCUGAGAGGUUCGCCAAGAAGAUUUAGGUUUGAUAAUCCAUCCUUUUUUGUGCUGUUUUGAGAAUGCCACUGUGACACUUUUCAUAUGAAAUAUGUCUUACCAUUGUGUUAUUGUAUUUGUAAAUAUACGAAAACAAAAAAAUGUAGUUACAUUUUAUAUCCGUAAUUAUCUUAUAUUUCAAUAAAAUAUUUUAAAUUCUC